ACAAAAAAAAGGAAAAGUACUUUUGAAAAUUAUUGUUGAAUAUAAUUAUAAAAUAUAAAUAAUUUGAAAAGAGAAAAAUAGAUUAUUAAUUUGUAAAAAAGUGUGCAAUAAAGUUAUGUAUAAUUUGCUAGUGCUUGUGAUAAAUUUUAUUUAUAAUGCUAAAGUCGUUAUUUCAGCUAGUUCAAGUUUGGUACCGGGUGGACAUUGCCGUGACUAUAAUGGGAAAUUGUAUGAAACAGGAAUGCAUUACAUGCCGGGCCCCGAUUCCUGUCGUCUUUGUAUUUGUGACAGCGGUCUGCCAAAAGCUUGUAAAAUGGUUUUAUGUGAAGCAUUCACAAAAUGUAAAUCAUUUCAAACUGUUGGAAGUGGUAAUAAUUGCUGUGAAGUAAUCUGUCUCGAUGACCAAUUUAAUGAUGGCAGUACGGAUUUCGGUAUAUGACUGGUAGCCAGCGGUAUUACAGCUACCCUUUCGCUGUCUCUACUAUUUUUCCUAGUUAACCGUUUACGUCAAAGAAAAAUACGAGCGCGUGAAUCACGGCAAAAUACCGAAGAUCAACGAAGUAUAGUUGGGAGUAUAGGAUAUAUUGCGGGCAAUAUGGGUUACAUGGAGGGUAAUCUAACCAGCAUGGAUUACUCAUACGGAGGGACUGCAACCCAUUAUCCUCUAUGGAAACCUCCUAGUGGCUACUUUCCGCGUGGAGAAGCACCGCCGCCUUAUGAAGAAGCAGUGGCUAUAUCUCAAGCAGAAGCUUUGAGUGCACAAUGCGCUGCCGCGGCCGCAGCGGCUGCUGCCACAGUUGCAAGUCCUCGUCCAAUGAGUGCGGUAGAAUUGCAAUCUUCAGCCGACAUCAAUAGACGCCCGCAAACGGCUGCAACGAUGCAACAGCUGCAGCAUUUGCAACCUCACCAAUCAACGUUGAUGCCACAACAAACUUCUCAACAUUCUGUUACGCAACCUCAUCAAGCUCCAGCUCACAAUGUAAUGCCAAUUCAUCAUGUGCUAGGUGCUCCACCGGCACAUCAGCAAACCCAGAGUCAUCAAAUAACGCAAAGUACUACAAAUUUGAUUAAUAUCAAUAUAAAUAGCGGUGGUAAUAUAACAACUAUAGCUACUGGUGAAAAUCAUCAACCGCCUUACAGUCUUCAAAAUGAACAAAGUACGAAUAAUCUGAUGCAAGAACAGCAGCAACAGACGUCCACAACGCAGCAGAAUCCUCAGCAGGCCAUUAACACUUCAAACGUCAAUUCAAAUAAUAAUAGCAGUCGACUUCACCUUGCUCAAAGCAAUUCCAUAUGUGUGCAGACUAUGACUACACAGCCGAAUGUGCAACAGCAAAGCCAACAAUCAACUAUUGCACAAACUCUUAACUCUUCGAAUAUUUCCGGUUCUAUAGGCAUAUCUGCUAGCGGUAAGCAAACAGCUGCUACUGAGUGUGGGUAUAAAAAUUGCCAUUUAAAUACUAGUGUGACAACCACAACAACCGGCACCAAUGCAAGACGUACGCAACGGUUACCAGAACCUCUGCAACAGUAUGUAGUAGAUGUUGAAGUAAACGUGGGAAAUGCUACUGGAAGUGGUUAUCAUUCUUUGUCGUCAUGUUCCACUAACCCUGCAAACGAAGGAGAGUUCGAUUUAAUAGCGUCACCUACGCAAUUUGGCAAUGAUUCUCAACUGACCAAUGCUCUUUCAACACCGACCAUAGAUACUUUGAUUCCCACCAAUAACGCAAUUGAAGUGGCAACAAACAAUACAGUGGCGGAUGCAAACAGUCAAUUGCACAACACAGGCCAUCAUACUUUACCCACCCAGAACACGCAAAUUGCUAAAUCAAUACCAUCUUCGUCUGCGAAUGCAGCCACCACCAGCAAAGCAUUUUCUUCUUCAAGACGCUAUCAUCGGACAAUGCCCCGUUAUUAUACUGCUGCCGACCCUCUAACUAGUCGAGAUAAUCAAAACACUGCCGCCAACACUAUCAUCAAUACGAACAAGUCGAGCAAACAAAUUGAAUCUAAACAAGCAUCUAUAAAUAACGCCAAUUCAGUGGCAACGACGGCAAGCAGUAAUCAUAAUAGCUCGAAGAAACCGACCUGUCAAUGUCCGAUCCAGCAUGUGCCUAUGUCUUAUAUGGGCAGCACCCACUUAAAUUCGCACAACGUUACAAACAACGCCUUCUUUACGGUAUUAAGUAAUAAUAAGCUUAACACAGGCACAGUUAGUCGAAUCAGCAAUACUAGCAGCAAUGCCAGCUCGUUACCUUAUGUUACUCAAAGAUUGAAUAAAACUUUACAAAAUCAUUUAAACAAUACGACAGAAAGUAAUGUGGUUAGCAAUACCAAUAGCAACUCGAAACGUGGAACCCUUCAGUCUCAUUGUAAUUAUGAAUCAAAAAUUGCCACCAUUUCUACAGGAGAACUAGUAAAUUCUGCUAGUAACAAUAUUGCUGCAGCUCAUCAUCAUCAUUCACAUCACAGUCACCAUCAUGGACAUCAUUCAUCAGCUUCUCUAUUGCCUCCACCUCAGCAUCAUGACGAUUCUUCAUCGUUAGUGCUGGGUCGUGUUGCAAAAAGGUCUAGCAGCAACAGCAGCGAUCGCUUCCGAAGUGCCAGCAGUGGCAGCACUAGAAAUCCAACAAAUGAGGCAGCAAGCAUUUCGGCUGCUUACUUGAACAGUAAGGUUGAUGCCUAUUUGAAUUUAAGUCAUGCAACGACUUCACAUCAUCGUGCCGCAACAAGAGUGAAUGACUUAAUGAACCCAGCGUUACCACCGAAACUGCAUAAAAGCUUGACAAAUCUAAAAAGUUCAACAUUAGCACCGAACACACCGCACCACGCAGGAAAAAUAAAUACAAGCAAUGAAUUAUUUAAACCCAGUAAUGGGCAGCUGUUGCAUAGUAGCAACAUAAAUAACAGUAUUAAUACUCAAACCACCUUAACUUCAACCUCCUCUACCUCUUCAUCAUCCCCUUCCUCUUCGAAUCUCGGCUCGCCGCAGACGUCUUCUAAUUUAUCCACUACAUCUGUACAAACUAUUUACACUUUAAGUAAGCCUUCAACAUCGUCGGCAAUUACAACGUUGAACGCCGUGGCAGCCGCACAUGCACGUAACAGAGAUCACGACCAUUUGAAUUUAAAAAUUCAACCACCAAUUUUAACGUUGCCAUCAAGUUCAUCAGCGACAAUGUCUUCAACGAUAUCGGCAAGUAACUCUACUGGAGGAACAAAAAUAAAUUCGUCUACAUUUUAUCCACUACAAAAUAACGUGACUUACACUUUGCCCAAGAACAUAGCUGGAAAAAUGUCGCUAAAUAGCACUAUUAACAACGUGGUCAGCAAAGUGCCAUCAGUUAUAAGUUUACCGGCAGCAGCGUCGUCGAAAAAUAAUCAAGAGAACACUGCCAUCACCGUCGCAGAAUCUAGUAGUAAUGAAUCUAAUUCCACUGUGAUUUUAGCUUCUGUUAAAAGUACUACACUGCCAAAAGUGUUACGUUCGAAAAAAGAUUUCUUGCAACCAAAUAAUGCAAUCAACAAUAGCAACAAUGUCCUAAACAAUUGCGCUGCUAUUGUAAGCUCUACUGCGUGUGCCGUAUCUCAGUGUAAUAUGCCUGCCUAUCCUAAACUGUUUGACACUUUUAAUAAUUCCAUUCCGCUCAUUUCUGUUUCCACUUCUUCAUUAUCAUCUUCCUCCCAAGCUAUUACAAGUACUACUACUACUAACGUUGCCAUCACAACUAGACAACAAUGUAUUAAUAUGCAAACUCAAACCAUCACAUCCACUUUGGCGGGCAAUUCAUACGUAGAUGAUUUCUUUACGUGCACUCCAGUAACCAGCAAUUCUGUCACAUCAACUUCUAGUGGAAAUUGUAAGCAGGCCACUUUGCCUGUUUGCACUACAUCAAAAAAUUACUUAAAUGGCAAAGAGCAUUUUCUCCCAAAUGAUACAAGUCUUGAUGACGACUAUCUUAGUGAAUGUGAAAAUUGUAAAAUUGCUCAAAGCUCGAAAUAUUACUUGGAUACCGCUGCAUUAUCAUCAACUCCGCAAGAGACGAUGACAUUGCAAAGGAAAUCUUUGGAAGAGAAUAAAGAAGAAGCAGAAACUGGAUAUUAUCGUAUAUCACAUACACUGCCGUCGAACUCGAAAAAGAAUACGUACGUAGACAUUCAACUUUUGCAGAACAAUUGAUCAAUUUUAAAAUUAAACUAUUCGCAAAUUUCGAAAGUAGCAUAAUAUUGAGCUUUGUAAGUUGCAUUUAGGUCCCUUUCGACAUACAAAUAUACGAAAUUAAUGUCUAAUCCAGCUCCCAAAAUGUGUUUGUGUAAAACUGUCAAUUUUAGCGAUUUAAUAAAAUUCGAAAGUCGAACCUUUCUAUUUCUUUAGAGCAUCUGUAACUUAUAUAGUUAUUGACAAUGUCUGGAUGAUCAGAUUUAACACGUCACCUUGUAUAGUAACUACUCGUCUACGUCUUUCGAUACGGGUAUAACUAUCCACUGCCACGAUUCUUCACGUUUGAUUACAAAUGCAGAAAAAAAAACAACAUUUAAUUAGUUACAUAAACACGCCUACUUUUUUAUUGCUUACGAAAUAUCACAUUUGCAACCACUUUGGGUCACUGAAAGGUGCUGCGUGUAUCAAUGAUAAAGCUCUCAACGUGACGGUCUGAUAUGAAUGAAGUCACGUUUUUGCCGUGAUUCGACUAUUUGUUGUUGGCACCAGGUAUUUUCAUCGAUUUAUCGCCAAAUUCUCUCCAAGAUUUCAAAUUAACUUUUAAAUCUAAUUCGAGAUUUGCAAUAGAUUAAUUCAGUUCGGCACGCUAAUUUUCGAAAGGGUAACAUUCUAUAGAAAAAAAACUGUGUUAUUUGACACAUUCACUAUCCUCGCUUUUAGUAACACACUCUAGUAGUACACUCUGUAUAUUCUCAUCAAUAAGAAUAUGAGUUGGUCGUCUGCAGUUUCGAAACAGAAGGGAAAUUUAAUAAUAUUAUCAUCGACUAUAAACUUGUGCUGCAAAUGUUGGCUUCUUGGCAUUCCGAAAAUGAAUAAACAACGAAGUAAGUUUUAAAUAUUUAUUUCAAAAUUGGCUUGAAAACGAACAGCACUUCCUCUUUUGAUAGCGAUUGUUUAAAGUCGAAUUAGAGAUGUUAUACGUAUUCGAAAGGUUCAUUUACUUAUUUCUGAUAUACUAUUCUCUUU